AUGCCAUGGGAAAACAAUCUAUUAUUGCGACCCAAGAACAGAAUCCGUUGGGACACGAAUCCGUUGUUGCGUCCCAGAUCAGCCUGCUCCACGGACACGAGGAACUGGCUGGAUCUUCCAUACGAAAUGACUCUCCUCAUCAUGACGAAAGUCGGCGCGUUCCAUAUCCUUACCAGUGCCCAGAAAGUGUGCAGGCUAUGGCGUAGCAUCUCCUUGGAUCCAUUCUUGUGGCGCACCAUUGACAUGUGCAACCUGGGGCGUGCAAAGCAUGAGGCCUACGAUUUGCGUAAGAUGUGCCGCCACGCAGUUGAUCGAAGUCGUGGCCAGUUGGUGGAUUUUGAAGUCCAGUCUUUUGGUCCCAAUGAUCUUCUCAAUUAUAUUCUUGAUUCGGGAUGUCAUCUGCGAUGUCUAUGUCUUGUUCAAUGCAAUUUGCGUUGGGAGUUUCCAGAAUUAAGUAAGAUGGCCCCAAAGCUUUCGGUACUAGAGGAACUUGAUCUUACCUUUUGUCGUAUAUCUGUAUUUCAAUUGGAAGCUAUUGGUCAAAGUUGUCCUCUGUUAAGAUCCUUGAAAUGGAGGCGUGGGGGAUCCAUUUUUGGAGGAAACAAAGCAGCAUAUAUUAUUUCACGAAAUAUGCCCCUGUUGCGCCAUCUCGAACUUUAUGAUGACCCCUUAAAUCAUAAGGGCUUGUUUGCAAUUCUUAAGGGUUGUCCUCAUCUUGAAUAUCUAGAUUUACAAAAUUGUCAUCAUCUUAAGUUGCAAGGGAAAUUAAGGAGAAAAUGUGUUAGACGUAUCAAGAAUUUAAGAUACUUAGAUGCAUCCACGCAAGACUACUAUCGAUUUAGUUCCGGAAGAUUGCUUAACUCAUCAAGAGAUUAUGCUGAUAUUGCAUCUCGGUUAUUAUGGACAUCAAAUGAUGCAGAUCAAGAUGAGAAUGAAAACAUGUUUAAAAAGGGUGAGGGUGAGGUACCAAAAGGGUCAUCUAUGGAAUAUGAUGAAAUGCAAGAUUAUUGGGAGGAUAUAGAUGCUAUGUGGGCAAUUGCGAAAAGUAAAAGAUUGCAUAAGGGAAAGAAGAAUAAGCCUAAAGGGUUUCAAGGAUAUCAUAGAGAAAAGAAGAACACUAAAUCCAAUGAGAAGAAACAUGGAAGAAAGACAAAGACAGGGAGGAGGAUUGAGCAUGAAAGCAUGAUGUCUUUUGAAAAGGAAUUUUGGUAA